UUUUACACAUGGGAGACACAGCCGGGCAUCACACACAAAUACACACAAACAUAAACACACAAACACACACGAUACACCCCAGCAGUCCGCCCACAUACAGCCACUGGUCCCAGUCCAGGAACUGUGCCACCAGCUGUCGCCAUGUUGGCCGUUGUCCUGAUGUAGAAGGUGUGUGUGUGUGUGUGUGUGUGUGUGUGUGUGUGUGUGUGUGUGUGUGUGUGUGUGUGUGUGUGUGUGUGCUAUUGUGUAUUAUGAGGACAUUUUGCAUGAAUACACGCCACACUAUGAGGACAUUUUGAAUUAUGAGGACAGGGUCGGUGUCCUCAUAAUUCUGACAAUGCAGAAGGGUUUCUUUAGGUCUAGAAGGCAGGAAUCCAAAAUUUCUCCAAAAGUCUCAACAAUUCACAUUGACCUGAGUUUGUGUAUAAUUUGUGUAUCAACAUAGCGCCCCUGUAGACAGGUCCUGGUAUUGCACCUGCUCAUGAAUUAUUCACACAGUGUAUAUUUCAGGGCUUCUGAUUGGUUGACAGGCGGAAGGUCCCCAUAAUUGCGGAUUUUGUCAGAAAAGCUGUGUAUUCUCGAAUUACACCAUGCGGGCACCUCAUAACCCAGAAAACUAUGCUGUCAUAAAGUAGCUACCACUUUUACUGGUAGACAGACAGAAAAACAGCAAGAUAUGACAAUUAAAGAGACAGCUAUGACCAGGAAAGACACAGAUAUAACCAGUACAGAGACAGAUAUGAAAAGAAAAGAGACAGAUGUGACCAGUGCAGAGAAACAUAUGAUCAGUUAAGAGACAUAUGUGACCAGUAAAGAGAAAGAUAUGACCGGUAAAGAGGCAGAUCUGACCAAUAAAGAGACAGAUAUGAUCACUAAAGAGGCAGAUAUGACCAGUAAAGAGACAGAUAUGAUCAGUGAAGAGACAGAUUUGACCAGUAAAGAGACCUAUAAGACAGAUGUGCUUCGAAUAGUUGCACAAAACAGUCAGUAUUUGGAAAAUGGUGUUGAGUGCUGCAUUUUUUAUGAGCUGGCUAUAUGCAAUUGCCUACUUGCCUGCUCCAUAAGAAGUAAGUGAAUACAAAUAAUGUAUGAUUUUUUUGCCAUCUCUUUUUUUAAAUUUUUAUUUUAUUUUUUAAAAACAUUUUUUAAGAUUGUUAUUCGGCUAUUUUUAAUGGUUAUUUUGAAUAAUUUCUGAUGAAUAUGUCAGGGAAAGCACGUUUUAAAUGUUGAUAUUUAUUUAAGAAGUAAUAUUUUAUAUUUUCUUUUAAAUAUAGAAAUGAAAAUGGCGUUACUUUAACAUACACACAUUUGCUUGACAUAAUAAAUAAAAUAGAAAAUGCGCUUCCUGAGGUUGACUUCUCUUCAGCCAAUCACCGUCGUUGUUGUGGCCCUGUGACACCUAAUGCUUCCUGACUUUCACCGUCUGCAGGAGCACGUCUCUUUUAAAUGCCUGCAGGUGUGGACGCAAGAGGUAAGGCCUGAAACUAACCACCACAUGUGGAGUCCAAAAAUUAGUGUGACCGAGUAUAUUUUUAUAUUGUUAGUUUAAAGCGUGAGUGUCAUUCACAGUGUGCAGUCCUGCACUAUUUUUCGGGCCAAUAAACGUUAGCGCUGCAUGCAACGCUACAUGUGGUGCUAACGUUAAUUAGCGUUAGCAUGUGGCGCUAACGUUAAUUAGCAUUAGCUUUAAAUGCAACGCUACGCAUGUGAAGCUAACUUUAAUGUUAGUUAGCCUAGCUUAGGUUAAGUCUGCAUGUUUGCAUUUACCUACCGAACUGUUUUUUUUCUUUAAGCGUUCUUUUAAUGAAAAAUUAUCUUUGUGAGCAAUUGAAAUUAUAGUAAGUUAAUGUUAUGUUAAUGCACUCUGCAGAUUUGCCAUUUAAUGAAACUUAGCUGCACAGUGUGUAAGUAAAUGUGCUAUUUGGCACAGUUUAAGUAAAAGUAGAAAAAGUGUCUGGGAUUUUUUUCACUGGGCUGUAUUGGUACAUUAAAAUGAAAAAGUAAUCCAUGACAAAAGACAGCUGUACAGUGGUCUGUUGAUAGUGAUAUUACUAGUGUAAUGAAAGUUAAACCAGACUAUUUCACUUUAUGUGUUUCUGUUUAUCAUUCCUACAGGCAUUAUCAUUUGACUGCAUGACAAAACAGAAAUGGCCAUGAGGCCGCAAAGGGCAAAAAUAAAACCAAAAGAAGAAGCAAAAUAUUUUGCAUCCCUGGGUAAAGACAAGGAUGGAUUUGAAGUGCAGUUUAUUAAUUCAUACAAAGGUCGAGGAGUGUUCAGCAGGCGCUACUUUCAGAAAGGAGAGUUCCUCAUAGAGUAUCGUGGAGAAAUAAUAAGCAAAAAAGAACAUGAAAACCGCCUUAGACUGUACCAUGACGCCCUCAAAGUGUUCAUGUUUGAAUUUCGCCAUGAUGGAAAAAAAUUAUGCAUUGAUGCAGCCAAAGAAGAUAACUCCCUUGGGAGACUGGUGAACGAUGACCACAUCAGUCCAAACAGUAAAAUGAAAACAAUUGCAGUCACUGGAAUACCGCAUCUCUGUUUGUUCGCACUGAAGGAUAUCAAACCAGGAGAAGAGAUAACGUACAACUACGGAGACUCUGACUGGCCUUGGAGGUUAAAGUCUAGCCCAGAGAAGGAGCGGCUCGGCUCUGAGGUUUUGGUCAACCUCAGAGCAGACGAUGCAACACAGAUGACUGCAACGGAGGCAGAUUGCCAAAAUUCUGCUGUGGCCAUGACAUCAGACUGCCUCAGACAAGAUGAACAGGUUUCAGGUGCCACAGUUCUUAAUCAUGCUGCUGGGACCUUAACAUCUGAUUCUUCCUGUGAAAACACUGAACAGACUGCAACGGAGGCAGAUUGCCAAAAUUCUGCUGUGGCCAUGACAUCAGACUGCCUCAGACAAGAUGAACAGGUUUCAGGUGCCACAGUUCUUAAUCAUGCUGCUGGGACCUUAACAUCUGAUUCUUCCUGUGAAAACACUGAACAGACUGCAACGGAGGCAGAUUGCCAAAAUUCUGCUGUGGCCAUGACAUCAGACUGCCUCAGACAAGAUGAACAGGUUUCAGGUGCCACAGUUCUUAAUCAUGCUGCUGGGACCUUAACAUCUGAUUCUUCCUGUGAAAACACUGAACAGACUGCAACGGAGGCAGAUUGCCAAAAUUCUGCUGUGGCCAUGACAUCAGACUGCCUCAGACAAGAUGAACAGGUUUCAGGUGCCACAGUUCUUAAUCAUGCUGCUGGGACCUUAACAUCUGAUUCUUCCUGUGAAAACACUGAACAGGAAUGGAGAGAGCUACACAGCCUGUUGGUGGACCUUCAGAUGCCUCAGAUGACGACUCUGGCCAAGAAGGGACAUCUAAAGAUAACGAGAUGAGAGAACCCAGCAGGAAAAUGAAACGACACAAUAAACAUGCAGCUGAAGUGGAUGAUCCCAGGAGGAAACGAAAACAACAGUCACCAACCGAAGUAGCAGCUGUGAUGAGACACUUCAGAAACCAUAUCAAGAAGGGUAAACUAGCAACGAUGAUUGAAUGCCAGCAGUGCAAGACAGCUGAGCAUCCUGCUCUUACUAGUCGAACUGUGCAAAACAUAAGAGACUUUGUAAGAAACCGUGGUGUGUCCCUAAAAAAGAAAAAUAAUGUAUAGUCACCAUGUGUGUAUGUAGCUUGUGGAAAAACAGCUGAGCUGUGAUAGUUUGUUCACAGGUUUCAGUCAGCAUUCAGAUUAUUUGUGGUCACAAGCAAAUGUUACAUUUCAGUUGAUGAUCAGUACUAUAGAAUGAAAGCCAGUAUGUUAAUAGCCACCAUUUAUUUCUAUUGAUGGCACUGUAUUUGUUUUGUUAGGUUGUAACAAAGAAAAAAAUACAAAACUGAAUAAUCAAACUUUUUUCCUCCUUCAUUGUCUCUGCCUGAUAUAGAUUAUUUACUGGCUGUCCAUUACAAUCUGCGCUUUAAAUGGAUGAAAGCCAUUUCAUAUAAAAAGUGUUUUAAAAUGUCCAAAUUGUGCUCACCAAUUAGGUAAGUCUUAAUACUUUAAAUAACUGUUGAGUUAAACUAUUUGUCCUCAUUAACUGGGUGUGCCCCUUAAUUCACAUUGCCUCCAUGUUUGUGUAUGUGUUAAGCUAAGUCCCACUAAGUUGUUUGACCCCUCAAUACACUUCAGUGACGUGUGUAUGUGUGUGUAUCAACUGUCCUUAUAAAUUGAGCCAGUCCUCAUAAUGUAAAUAUUUUUCAUAGGCGUGGUUUAUUCACCUAAUUAAGCAUGUCCUUACAAAGAUGCAAAAUGUCAGGUUGAAAAAUCUAGAAUUGUUUUGUGUGUAUUUUACUUUUGAAGUGAGAUUUGUGUAGUACUGCUCAAAAUAGAUUUUUUGGCAUCACUCACAUCCUUGGGAAACAAGCGGAAAGGGGUGCCAGCCUAAUACACCAAAAAACCUGUUUCGCCCCAACUGUCCUUACAGUUCACAAUAACCUGUAUGUGUGUGUGUGUGUGUGUGUGUGUGUGUGUGUGUGUGUGUGUGUGUGUGAGAGAGAGAGUGACGGAGAUGGAGCUACUUCUAAUGAUUGUACCAACAACAGCUGAAGUGACUUUAAGAGCAUUUUGGACCUGAAGACUGUGAUGAACUGAUUUAACUGAGACUCAUCAACAUACAUGCUGUUA